AAGUUGUCAUAAAUGUUUCCAUAAAAUUUGAUUGUUAUUCUUUGAAUAAGAAAAUUAAAACAAAAAUUUUAAAUUGGAUAAAAUGUUAUAGGAUAGACAUGGUUGUUAAUUUAAAUGCUGUCAAUAACCUCCCGCUAUCCAGAUCCUAAGAUUUUUUAUUUAUAGUACAAGCAGUUGCACGGAUUACUUUUUUGAUGGCUGCCAUAGAAAAAACCAAAAUAAUUGCCAGCCCCAAUACCAAGAUUGUCAAUGUCGCCCUUGUUGUGUAAAUUCUAUGAUAAAUGACCAUACCUAUUCCCUUCUCAAAAAGAUCUGCCGUAAAGUCAUCAGAGAUUAUCAUCGACAGCAAACUCGAGAAAAAUAUACAAUAUUUGAUGGUGGAAACAGCAUUAACGUAAGGAUACAUCGUUCAUCAUUUGCACCAGGGGAAGAUGGAAAAUGUAAACCUAUUCUUGGCGACCAAAGCUUAUCUAGACAAAACGAUGGUAAAGAUAGAUAUCGAAAAAAGGACAAAACUAACGGUCGCAUCAAAAACAAGGUUGACGAUGAUGAUGACGGCAAUGGAGCAAAAACAAACGGUUGGAAAAGAAAAGCUCGAAAAAGUGACCUGAAUUCCAUAGCCAAUAGUUCUGGUGUAAGAAAAGAUAAAAAGAAAAGCGGAAGAGGAGAAGAUGACGUUAAUAAAAGGCAAGGGAAAGGAAAAGAUAAAGGGGGUGACGAUAAUGAUAGUGGGAAGCGAAAGGGAUCACAAGUAAGGGGUAUGAAGGAUGGUGAUAAUGACGGUAGUAGUAAAAUAGGAAAAGGAAGAAAAGAAAAACGAAAGGGAGAAGAUCAAGAUGAUGAUAGUAGUGUAAAACAAGGGAAGAGAAAGGGAAGUGAAGAUGAUGACAAUGGUAAGGUGAAACUAGCCAAGCGUAAAGGUGGUAAAGGUGGUAAAGUUGAUCAAGGUGGUGGUGGUAAUGAUCAAGAUGAGGACGUUGCAGCAACUCGAAACACAAAGACCAAAGGCGAAAAUAUUCAAAAUGCUGAUAAUAAAAGAAAUGGUGAUAAAGUAGGGAAAGUAAAGUCUUCAAAUAACAGAAAGGAUGGUGGUGAUAGAAAUGAUGACACGUUUGAUUAUAAAGUAGACAAUAAAAAGUCGGAAAAAGGUAAACGAAGAAGUAGCGAAGCUAACGAUGAUGGGAAGCAUGGUAAAGGAAAUUUAGAUAAAAGUGGCGCAAAACGUCUUGAAAAUGGAGAGACAAACGACAAAAAUAAAUCAGAUAAAGCAAAUCGUAAAAAUUACAAGCAAAGCAUAACCGACUUGCCAGUAAUAUCAGACUUACGUACAAAAGUACGUAAAGGCCAUGACAUACUUCCAAACCGUACGAAUCGUAAAGGAAAAGAUAAUUAUCAGUCGAGCUCAUUUCAAGAAGAUGGAAGAAAAACGGGGGAUCGCCAUAGUGUCAGUGUUCAAAUAAGCAAACGUCAACAAAAUCAACUAUCUAAAAGUAGGAAAGGUCACAUUAACGAACGAUUCGGAUCUAGAAGUAGUAGACAAAAAUUCCGAAGUUCUCGUAGCGUUGGUGGACUCUAUCGCGGAUAUGGAUCUUCGAUGCCCAGCCGUUAUGACGAGAUUAGACCAUGUGAUAUACUUCGUGCUCAUAUGGAGCAACGUGAACUUUGUGAAAUACGAAGAUGUUGUUUGUCAUGCCCUUGCAACUGCAAUACUAGUUACUGCCAAGCACCAUCUAUAAUUUGUUCCGGCUUAUAUUAGAGUGGUUGAGUGAGAUUGUAUUGUAGUAAACAAACUUAGAGCAAAUUAGUAGUGAUAUAAGUAACAGUAAAUACAACUUUUGUGAAAUAUUAAGGGAAAUCAUUGUAUUA